AUGACUCUGACAUAUAUGGAAUUGGAUUUUUUCUUUAGAGAAUCAACGAUCAAUGUCGUCGAAAUUGACAGUAGCGACGACGAAGACGGAUUUAGAGCCCCAAAUCGAAACAACACAUCAUCAAACCAACCUCCAUUACCGAGUUUACCGAAUAUUCAGAGAACUACGACAAUCCCUCCAUCGGAACCAAGCUAUCAGACGCUAGAGUUACGGAGUUUCUGGAAAGCCGGAGCCUAUGAAAUUGGUCCCACCAAAUCAGCUCCUUCCCAAGGUCAAUUGGAACAUGCCCGAGUUCAUCCGAAGUUUCUGCAUUCGAAUGCGACUUCCCAUAAGUGGGCCUUUGGAGCGAUUGCCGAGCUCUUGGAUAAUGCUGUGGAUGAGCAUGGUGGCUCAGAAGUUGUGGUGGCUUAA